UAGAAUUAUUAAAAUUUAUUCGAAAUUCUGCUGUUUUUACGUCUUACGUUAAUUCGUAGAUAUGGACAUCUACUUCGUUCUGUUUUUUAUUUUCAACUAAAAGCUAUAUUUUUCUACAUCUUAAUGAUAGAUAAAAGAUAUUAGUUUAAGCAUUACGUGGUUAUUAUAAGUAAAUAACUGUAGGUUAUGUCUUAUCCCGUGUUAUUCCUUAAGAAAAGGUAACUGAGUGGGGAAUACCUUGCAGAUAAAAUGGAUCCAAACAUUUAUGCUCUAGUGCUUGACACACUAAACAGAGCGACCAGCCAAGACGCAGAAGUCUUGAAGCCAGCUGAGAAGAAACUCCAAGAAUGGGAAGUAGAGCCCGGCUUUUAUUCAGUGCUAUUGAAUGUCCUGUCGAAUCAUUCUAUCGACAUCAACGUGAGGUGGCUGGCUGUGAUGUGUUUCAAGAACGGUGUGGAUCGCUAUUGGAGACGAAACGCACCCAAUGCUAUCACGGAUGAAGAGAAGCAGAAGCUCAGACAGGGUCUGCUGACGUCACCAAUACUCAGUGAACCAAUCGCGCAGAUUGCUACACAACAGGCUGUUCUUAUAUCUAAAAUAGCAAGAUUUGACUGUCCAACAAACUGGCCAACACUACUACCGGAUCUAACGAGUGCCAUGAAAGCUCCACAAUCGCUGCUACAACACAGAUCGCUGCUUAUCUUCCACCAUGUGGUGAAGGCAUUGGCUUCCAAACGGCUUAUAGAAGACAAACGGACAUUUCAGGAACUAACAAACUCAGUAUACGCUUUCAUCCUGAACCUGUGGCAUGAGAACACAGAAUGUUUUCUGAGACAUAUACAGGAGGGCGCCUCUACUGAGCUGAUAACAGAACACCUCGAAAAGGCCUUGCUGUGUCUGAGAAUAUUGAGGAAGCUGACGGUGUUCGGCUUCAAGAAGCCACACGAGAGUCAAGACGCUGUGGCAUUCCUUAAUGUUGUGUUCGACAGAGCUAAGACGAGCCUGGAGUGCAGGAAGUUGUUGAAAGGUCGGGGCAUAUAUCCAUUGGAGCUAUGUGAGAAAUUUAUCAUUCACCUCACCAAAGUGGCGCUGGGGGUGCUGUCCUGUCACCCGUUCUCAUACAUGCCUCUGAUCAGACCGUCGCUGGAAUUCACUCUAUACUAUUGUUUCACUGAAGUCGGAAUGUCUUUGACAUACGAAAGGUUCACUAUACAGUGUUUGAAUAUACUGAAAGGCAUCCUGCAGUGCGUCGAGUACAAACUACCUAAAGGGAACGAACCGGUUAAAGAGCCAAUCCGAGCUCAAGCCCACCAGCUCAAGUGGCAGGUGUUGGAUCAGCGGACAGUGUGCCACAUGUGCCGACACCUAGUCACACACUAUUUCCUACUCACGGCUGACGACCUCGCGCUUUGGGACGCGGAGCCCGAGAGCUUCGCAACCGACGAGGCCGGCGAAUCGUGGAAGUAUAGCCUUAAGCCGUGCACCGAGGCGGUGUUCCUGGAACUGUUCCACGAGUACCGGUCGGUGCUGGCGCCCGAGCUGGUCAGAAUGUUGGCGUCCCUGCAAGAAACACAAGUCUCCCCGGACGACCUGCCCGCCAUAUUGAAAAAGGACGCCAUUUAUAACGCUGUCGGACUGGCAGCUUUCGACUUAUACGAUGAUGUCGACUUUGACGAGUGGUUCACGAACGUGCUGAGCAAGGAAUUAAAGAUAGAAGACAACAAUUACAGAAUAAUACGGAGGAGAGUUUGUCAGUUAAUAAGUCAUUGGUGUGGAGUGCGAGCGUCUCAGUCGCUCCGGCCGGCGAUGUACACGGCUCUGCUGGAACCGCUCACUCGCAAGGGCGAGGAUCCUGCUGUGAAGCUUGCAGCCGCUGAAGCGCUGCGCAGCACUAUAGACGACUUCAACUUUGACGUUGAACAGUUCGCGCCGUUUGCGCCGCACGCGCUCUCUGCGCUGUAUGAUCUAUUGGUGGAGUGUACGGAAUGCGAGACUAAGAUGCACGUACUUCACGUUGUGUCGUACGUGACGGAGCGGUGCGGGUGGGUGGUGGCGCGGGGCGGGGGCGGAGGCGCCGGGGCUCUGUUCGCCGUCCUACCCGCGCUGUGCCUUCACGCGGCGCACCAUCACAUGCUGCGAGCCGCCGCCCUCGCUGCACUGGUACACCUCGUUAAGGCGUUGGGCGAGUGUGAUCCGAGCGUCCGUCCCUGGGUGUUGAACGUCAUCAACGAGUCAACGAAGCUAUCUGAGCCGGCUCACGUGUACCUGCUGGAAGAUGCCCUGGAGCUUUGGCUGGCGGUGCUGGAGACCUCACCAGCUGCCGACCAACCUCUGCUUCAGCUGGCUCACAAUCUUUACCCCAUACUCGAACAAUCUACGGAGCACUUACGAAUAGUUGUCUAUAUAAUGCAAGCGUACGCUCUCCUGUGUCCUGAAGAAUUCUUCACGGGCGCCGGCGCUAAAUGUAUGUCGCUGUUAGACGAUAUGUUGAGUGAUAUGAGGACUGAGGGGGUCAUCACUGUGCUGAAGAUGGCUGAAAUAUGCAUCAGUGUGACCUUCCCCGAGAGGAACGCCUUUCUGGGGGUCAAAGUUAUCUGGCCGACUCUAAUACGGGUGAUACACUGUCUUUUAGAAGGCGAUGAUCUGCCGAUGGUGUUAUCGGUGCAGCUGUGUCUGUUAUCGCGAGUGAUUCUCAUCUCGUCGGAUCUGUUCUACAAAGUGGUCCAGGAGGCUGCCGCCGGACUGGUCGAGUACUCGUCGGACCCGGUGAAGGUGUUGACUAGACUGUUACACGUCUGGACGGAGAAGAUGAAUCUAGUUACGCAGGUGGAGAGGUGGAAGGUUGUUGGUCUAGGUCUAGCCGCUCUACUGACGACUCACAAUGCUGCUGUUCUGGAACGUUUUCCAGCAGUGUUGUUGAAUCUCACAGAAGUUCUCAAUGACGUCAUGAAGAUGGAAGAAUCCGGGAAUUACGUUGACGCUUUACUCUCACCUCCCGGCUCGCGGCCCGCGUCUCCUCUCGAGGGCCGUGGCGGCGCCGCUCGCUGGGAGGCGGCCGACGACUGCGCCGCGCCAGCGGAACAACAGCUCACAGCACACGAGAUACGAAGGAGGAGGUUCGCGGCGGCCCAUCCCGCGAGGGCGCUGGACCUGCGAGCUGUCACACACCACCAGUUGGAGACGCUUAAGACUCAAGUGGGCCCGGAGACGUUCGAGCGCCUGCUGCAAUCAACGGACAAGGACACUAUAAAACAAUUAAGAGAAUACAUACCGCUGUAGAUAAUGACACAAGAUGCAUUUCUUCCUGCUGGGAUUCCGUUUCAAACUGCAGCGACUAGCUUCACUAGCUGAGCUUUGGUCUAUAAUGUAAAUUCUAGUUAUCACUAGUGUAUUUUUUUUUGUUGUUGUGAAUUUCUGUGUUUUUGUAUAAUUCUACAUUCAUUGCAACUUUUUGAUAGCAUCGAUUUUUUUUUCCAAUCAAACGCACGUUCGUCAUCGAUGGAAGGAUUUUCUUCAUGUUAUUAUACAUUUGCCUAUAUAUAUAUAUAUAUAUAUAUAUAUAUAUAUAAAUUUAAUCUGCAGCCAUCAUUACUAAUAUAUAUGUAUAAAAUCUUCUCGUGUUCUCGGAAACAUCUCAUUGGGAUACUUAAUUUUGGUCUGUAUUGAGAGUGAAACUUUUUUUUAAUGUAUAACAGAGUGCUAUGGAAUAUAACUACCGCUGUAUUUAAGCCUUCAUAAACAAAGAUCACUUAGUCCUAGUUUCCAGCCACAAACUACUCGAAAGUCGAAUGUGAUAAAAUUAAAUUUCCUAUAUAAUAGCUUUAAAAUUAAAUACGACUAAUUCUGUAUAUGGCAUUAAACGGUUAUCUGAAACGA